ACACACUCUCUCUCCCUCUCUUCGCCGUCGAUCUCAGCGCCACCGCCACCCGCCGCCGUCUAUGUCAGACGCCAACAGGAACCGACCCUCUCGCCGGCAGCCAAGCCGGUUGCAGAGCCGUGCUCCGUCGUCGUUGCAGAUAAACCGCGCCGUGGAUUGGAACGUCGCGAUUCCGCUCCUGUCGCCGCUGGCGUCGUCGCCUCCGCCUCCGCCGCUGGCGCAGAAGGAGGAGCCGUCGCAGCCUCGCCGGCAAAGCUCAGAGCCUGAAAAAGUGGUUUUCAAGAAGUGGCAGCACCCCGCGGCUCCGUUCUGCUACGAACCGGCUUCGGUGGUUCCACCCUUUGUUAACGUGUAA